AUGUCUACAUUUAUCCGUGGUGGUGGUAGUGGGUGCCAAGAGGAUCUCGGGUUCUGGAAAGACGACUUUACUGGACAUCCUCGCACAGCGUCAUCGUACAGUCGGGAAGGUUUCGGGCAAGAUCACGUGCCUCUCAAGCCAUCGUUCCAGCGAAAGACGAGAUAUGUCCAGCAGCAAGAUCUCCGUCUGCCCUUCAGCACAGUCCGCGAAGUCCUGCAUUUCCCGGCUCUAUUACGCCAACCUGCACCAGUGCCACAGGCAGAGAAAUUCGAAUAUGUUAAGGUGAUCGAAGCUCUCAAAUGCAACACUUCAGCGAUGCAGUCACUGGGUUGGAAACUUCUGACAACAACCCACGCCGAUGCGCAACGGGACAUCCACCUGCUGCCUAGCCGUCUUGAAGAAGGAGAAGGAGAAGGACUCCUCGAGCGGGACGUCGACGUGUACAUCACGUCCGUCUCCUCUUCGUCCACGACCGGGCCCGUCAACUGGGUGGUUGCGCCUCGCGUUUCCAUGAGGAAGAUGAAAGAGGACAUCAUCAACGUCCGCCCACUCGGCCACCGGCCCAGUCUCGGCUCGAUCGUCGACGAAGUCUUGAACUCCUCUUCUUCUUCCUCGCCGUAUCGCGGGGAGCGAGUGCCGCUGAACCGCGACGACGAAGCCACGGUCUUCGUGUGCGGUCCGCGCACGCUGUCUCGCGACCUGAGGGCCCUUGUCGGCCGGCGCGUCUGA